AUGUCCAGGCAGGAUAAAGCCACGACCGAGAGAAAUGCUAAAAUUCUCAAAGAACUGGUCAAGCAGUCAGACAAUAAGGUCUGCGCAGAUUGCAAGCGGAACGAUCCUCGUUGGGCAUCAUGGAAUUUAGGUGUAUUCUUGUGCAUCCGCUGUUCAGGCAUCCAUCGUGGCAUGGGAACGCAUAUCAGCCGCGUGAAGUCUGUCGAUCUCGAUAUCUGGACACCGGAACAGAUGGAGUCGAUCCAGAAAUGGGGGAAUCGUCGUGCCAACUUGUACUGGGAAUCCCAUCUGAAGUCAGGUCAUAUCCCCCCAGACCAUAAAAUGGACUCAUUCAUACGUUCAAAAUAUGAAUCCCGGAGAUGGGCACUUGAUGGACCCCCGCCGUCCGACCCAUCAGUUCUUGAUGGUGAAACCCCAAAUGGGCAUACUUCACAAGCUGUUGAGCAGCCUCCCCCUGCGGCCACACAAUCCUCGCGGCCAUCUCAUGUAGCGAAUACCAGUAUCUCUGGUGCAAGACCAGCAUCUCCAGCUCUUCAGACCCACAUAACAACACGACAGCCUCAAUCCCGUCAGCUGCUCUCCUCCGCAAUCGCUGGCAGAGCAAUUAACACUGAAGUCCCCGUCAUUGCCUCACCGACAUCUGCUGCACCUCAGCCAACAUUGGCACAGCCCGCCCCUCCACCUCAAGAUGACCUAUUCUCACUGGACUUUCAUGCACCCGCUCAAAAGACAGCCUCAGCACCGCCAUCUAAAGAUAUGAAAUCAGACAUCAUGUCCCUCUUUUCCUCUGCUCCCGCCGUCGCCCCUAGUACUCCCAACCUGUCAACAAGUGCCAAUGCUUUCGGCGCCUUUGUAUCCCCUUCUCAGCCACAAUCAGCUUGGAACCAGCUUGGAAGCGCUCCUCAGACACAACCUCAGCCCACAAGCAUGAUGGGGUCCAGUGGCACUAGUUUGUGGGGCGCUUCUUCUGGCUGGAAUGCUACUCCCGUUGCGCCCCCUCAAAAUACCCUAUGGGGGAGCUCAGGAACUCCUACGGCACAACAGCCUCAGCCUCAAUUAAGCUCGUUUAACGCAAAUGACAUCUGGGGGGCAUCUGUCUCCGCACCCACCAACUCCAACAACCUUUUCGGCACUUCUCAGGCGCAGCCCGUGCCGAAGAAGGAAGACGUAUUCGGGGAUCUGUGGGGCGACUUUAAGUAA